CAAUUGAUCCUGGAUUUUAUCUACCCGGGAACGUAUCUGAACGAUGAGGCUUUUCGCAAAGUCCACACCGAAGGGGCUCUUGAAUAUUGGAAAGUAUUGAGCACGGAGCAUACCUUCCAAUGCAUUGACACCGACACCGGUAAAUUCGCCGGCAUGGCAACAUGGCAAGUCUACUGGCGGGAAAGAACCAAUGAAGAGCGUCAGAAGCCGUGGAUUGGAUGGUUGGAGGGUGACCAGCGAGAGCGUGCCGAAUUUUGGAACAGCUUUGGGAGAAAAGAGAGAAGUGGAUUGGGUCCAAGAAGCAUGUGCUGCCACACAGUUGCAGUGCAUCCAGACUACCAGGGUAGAAGUAUCGGAGCACAGCUUAUGCAAUGGGGAACGAACGUGGCAGAGCAGCUGAACUUGCCAAUUCACCUUGAGUCAACAGUGGAGGGAGUCCCACUGUACCAAAAACUUGGCUUCCAGACUCUCUCGGAGGGUAUCCUGUUCAAGCCCGAAAUUACCAGGGUCGACAAAGAGGUUCGAGCACCACUCAUGGUGAAAAUGCCCACAGCUGCGGGAAACAUGACAUUUGAGAAAUGGGCGACGGACAAGUAUAUCCCUGUAUAA